AUGAGCCGUUUGGAUUGUGGUGGAGAAGGUGACCAUUACUCCCCUUGUGGGGUGGAAGGAAACGGGCUGCGGCAGAUUACGUUGUCUCAUAUCACACAGCUGGUUCUGAGUCACAACAAGCUUACAACUGUGCCAGCAAACAUCGCAGACCUGAGAAACAUAGAAGUGCUCAACUUUUUCAACAACCAGAUUGAGGAGCUGCCUACACAGAUUAGCAGCCUACAGAAGCUCAAACACCUGAAUCUUGGCAUGAACAGGUUAAACACCUUGCCAAGGGGAUUUGGCUCUUUACCAGCUCUAGAGGUUCUUGACUUGACUUACAACAACUUAAAUGAAAAUUCUCUACCAGGAAACUUCUUCUAUCUCACCACCCUGCGUGCACUCUAUCUAAGUGACAACGAUUUUGAAAUCCUGCCACCAGAUAUUGGGAAGCUCACAAAGUUGCAGAUACUGAGUCUUCGAGACAAUGACCUGAUAUCGCUGCCUAAAGAAAUUGGUGAGCUCACUCAGCUUAAGGAACUUCAUAUCCAGGGAAAUCGUCUUACUGUGCUGCCCCCAGAACUAGGUAAUUUGGAUUUGACUGGUCAAAAGCAAGUCUUCAAAGCAGAGAACAAUCCUUGGGUUACCCCUAUUGCUGACCAGUUCCAGCUGGGAGUAUCUCAUGUUUUUGAAUACAUUCGUUCAGAAACAUAUAAAUACCUUUAUGGCAGACACAUGCAAGCGAAUCCUGAACCUCCAAAGAAGAGCAAUGACAAGUCAAAGAAGAUCAGCCGUAAGCCUCUGGCAGCCAAGAACAAAUAAGUCCCUGGCUUCUGCUUCUGUUUUUAUAUCUUUUACAUAGCUUUUGCAUGUGCCUGUAAUAUUCCUAUGCCUCUCCUGUUACUCAUAAGAAAGCAGACACUAGAUGUAAAAGCCAUUUACUAUGUGUACUGCUUUAGAAGACACUGCAUAAGGAAUAGAAAAUUACAUAUUCUCCUAAUUAUGGUCACAUUUAUGUAGCCAUUUAAUAUAUCACUGUCAAACACAUUUUACUAUUUAUAAGUAUAUUAAUGUCAUCUCUUCACAUGUAUCACAUCCUGUUAACAUCAGGGGUUUUGCACCUGUAUUGUACCAUAUAAAAUUUCAUACAGUAUUCCC